UUCCGUCGUUUUACUGUCGAAUGUCCCGUUUUAUCCCGUGACAGAAAUGGACGCCCCUCUGGCCACGCCGUGCAACAUCCAAAUAUGCGAGGUGACGUGCGAUUCGUUCCGCAUCGUGUGGGACAUGACUCCCGAGGACACGGCCAGAGCCACGCACUUCUUCAUCGACCUGAGCCGCAAAGUGUGCAGGGAUCCCAACCGCUUCAAACACAAGGAUGUGCCGACCAAACUGGUGGCGAAGGCCGUGCCCCUGCCCAUGGCGGUGAGGGGCCACUGGUUCCUCAGCCCCCGCACGGAAUAUUGCGUCGCCGUGCAGACCGCCGUUCGACAGCCCGAUGGCGAAUACCUGGUGUCGGACUGGAGCCGAGUGGUGGAGUUCUGCACGGGAGACUACGCGAUAGAACACCUUCUGCAGCUUCUCGACAAGGCCAAAGGCUCCGCGGGAAGGCUCCUGAAAUUUUCCGUGUUCUAUCGCAAUCAGCAUCCAGAUUACUUUGACUGCGUCAGGACGGAGUGCGCAGGUCUGAUGCGUCCUGCUCUGAAAGACACGAGCGGCAGUCACGGUUCUCCGAUAAAUGGAAAACUGCACGGUGUCUUUUUCAGCUGCAACACUGAGUUCGAUACCGGACUCCCCCCCAAAGACUCCCCCUACGGCCCCCUGCGCUUCCAGAUCCCGGCCGGACACCUGCUCAACCCGAACAUCUCGCUGUACUUUGCUGACUUCUACUGCAUGUACACCGCCUACCACUACGUGGUUCUGGUGCUGGCCCCCGCGGGCACAGAGGGAGACCGCUUCUGCAGAAGCCGCCUCCCCACGCUGGACUUGGCCAGCAACCCCUUCUUGACAUACAGCGCCCCCCAGAGGCCGGGGGAAGAGCCACUGUACCGCCACGCCAGCGACGUCAUCCUCGAGGUGCUUUUCACCGAGCCGGUCCCUUUGGGUCAAGGGACCGUGGAGCAGAUCGGCGGACACCACCAGCUCAUGAGUUUGACCACGGCCAAUGCCAAGAAGGACCCCAGCUGCAAGGUGUGCAACAUCAGCGUGGGCCGCUGAACCGGACGACGGCUUAAGCCGGGCGACUGACUGAAAAAGUGGAGCUCAUCCUUUCAUCGGGCAAAACCUAAAAAAAGAAAUAAAAAACAAAAAACAUCCUCAUCAUGUGGAUGUGCAUGCUGCUUUGGUUUCUCCCGUCCUCCCAGGCUAGAAUAGUCCCGGCUUCAAAUUACAAAUCUCAUAGACUUCCAUCAAGGGCAGCUCGAGACUCAAACCUUUUAUUACAUUCACAGCCGUGGACAAGACUGAAC